UUUCGAAUCGAAUCUCGAUUUCGCACAGGUUUGCGUUCAGAACUUAUUUACUUUUAUGAAGUGUUUAAAAAUAAGAUUUUUUAUCUAAAUCAGUUAAGUUUGUUGUGCUAAUAAUGCAGUUCUCUAUUGAAUAAUUGUAAUACCAUAUAAUGUGAAUGCUAUAUUUGCAAAUGAGAAACGGAGAUUCGUCACACCUGCGAUGAAGAAAUCAUAGAUUUUUCCUUGAAAGCUAAGAAGCUCUGAAGUUUGUAGUGUUGGUGUUUAUGCAAGAAUAACAAAGCAGAUCAGUAUAGCUAAAUACUUGCCGUACUAUUGAGUAAGGCAUUCAAAACCCAAUCAGAUAAAUUGGUUCAUUUAAAAUUAACUAUCACGACAUUAGGACGACUUCUUCCUGUGAAACAAGGUGCUUUAAGUUGGAUUCCGAAAGUAUCUUCGGGGCGCCUCCGUCCGGGAGAAUGAUGGCCCCAUUCCGGCGCAAAAAGUCCAAUAAGGAAUUUCCGGUCAAAGUGUGCACCUAUGAUUCGGAACUAGAGUUCCAUCUAGAGCAUCGUGCAACCGGUGGCUACCUGUUUGAUUUAAUCUGCCGUACAAUUGGACUUCGAGAAACGUGGUAUUUCGGGUUACGUUACGUGGACAAGAAAGGAUAUCGAAGUUGGCUGAAGAUGGACAAAAAAGUGCAGGACCAGCAUAUCAAUCUGACGACCGAAGGUUGUGUUUUCAUGUUCAUGGCAAAGUUCUUCCCGGAAAAUGUAGCAGAGGAACUCGUUCAAGAAGUCACACAACACAUGUUUUUCCUACAGAUCAAAGAAGCGAUUUUGUCUAUGGAGGUUUAUUGUCCGCCGGAGGCUUCGGUUUUGUUGGCUUCCUAUGCAGUGCAAGCGAAGUAUGGUGACUACGACGAGGCGGUUUGUAAACCGGGAAUGCUAUUCAGUGAGAAUUUGUUACCCCAGAGAGUGAUCGAUCAGUACCAGAUGACGCCACAGAUGUGGGAGGAGCGCAUAAAAACAUGGUAUGCCGAUCAUCGUGGAAUGUCACGAGACGAGGCAGAGAUGGAAUAUCUGAAAAUCGCACAGGACUUGGAUAUGUUCGGGGUGAACUACUUUCCUAUAACAAAUAAGAAAAACACCGAAGUAUUUGUUGGUGUGACGGCUCUUGGACUUAACAUCUACAGCAAGGAGAACAAAUUGACCCCAAUGACGACCUUUCCGUGGAACGAAAUCCGGAACAUAAGUUUUGAUGGGAAAAAAUUCUUCGUCAAAACGAACGAAGAAAAAGGAAAUGUCGCCACCACGUUCUACUCAGAGAAGGCUCGCACCAACAAGGAAUUGCUGGACCUGUGCGUGGGGAAUCAUGAGCUAUAUAUGAAAAGGCGUAAACCAGACACGAUGGAAAUUCAGCAGAUGAAGGCCCAAGCUAAGGAGGAGAAACACCGGCGGCACAUCGAGCGGAACAAGUUGGCUCGAGAGAAGCAACUGCGCGAAGAAGCCGAACAGGAAAAAGCUAACAUGGAAAAAAGACUGAUGCAACUGCAGGAAGAAAUGGCGGCUGCCAAUGAAGCUCUGCGUCGAAGCGAGGAAGCAGCUGAUCUGCUGGCGGAAAAGAAUCGCCUCGCCGAAGAAGAAGCUUUACUGCUCUCUCACAAAGCCCUCGAAGUCGAACAGGAAAUCACUCGAAUGCGCAUGACGGCACGGAAAACUGAGGAAGAAAAAAUCUAUCUCGAACGGAAAACGCAAGAAGCGGAACUGCUGACGGCUCGAAUGAUUGAAGAGUCUCGCAAGCGAACGAUGGAAGCGGAUAAGUUGAAGAACGAACUGAUUCACGCCCGGGUAGCAGAAAAAGAAGCGAAGGAAAAAUUAUUGAAUUUUCUCAGUCGAACCUCAACGGAAUCGAUAUUCAUCACUCCGUCUUCCUCUCCAGAAACGCCGACGCUGGAAAGCAAUACAUACGAUCUUUUGGCCGAUGGAGACAUGGAUCAACUGUCGCUUGAAAUUGAAAAGGAAAGGGUGGAGUACCUGACCAAGUCUAAACAGGUACAGAACCAGCUGAAAGAGCUGCGCUCCGAAAUUGAACAGCUAAAAAUUGGUGAAAACCAGUGCCCUCUGGAUAACAUCAAUGCACAGCAGAUGCGUCUAGGUGAGACCAAGUAUUCAACCUUGAAGAAGCUCAAAUCAGGCUCAACGAAAGCACGAGUAGCAUUUUUUGAGGAACUGUAAGUGCCUUAGUCCGUUUGCUAUAUGAUUGGGUGUCGUUUAACUACAGCGGAGAUGUCCGCGCUUUGUUAGGCUAUAUUAGGCUUUGUGCGAUAUGCAGCAGGGCUUUUUUUCCUUCAUAGUAACGCUAUUGUUGAGUUCAUUGUUUUCUAGUGUUUUCGAAAGGUAGAUAUGGUUUGGUUUUGCACGAUGCGUUAAGGAAUUCAACGUACGAAUUCAUCAUUGAUGAGUUGAAGGUAAUAAUUAACGAUUUGAACUAGGAAUUUGUGUUGGUAGCUCUCUACAAGAAUGUUAUCAUGUUUAAGUUCAGGUUUCUAUUAGAUGAUUGCACGGCAUUUUUUCCAUAAAACUAGACGUUUUACAGAGAACUACAAAUUGUGGAAAUUGUACACAAAGUGAGUAUUUGAAUAUAAAUGGAAAUGUCUAUCCAGCAGACUUCUAGAAAACUGAAGGAUUAUCUUCUAAAACGUGGGAUCAGUCUUCCUUAAUAUAAUACAUUGCACGAUAAGUGAAAAUUAUAAAAGUCGGCAGACUCGUUUUCCCAUAGGAAGAUGAUUCUAAAUGACUCAUGGCGCUUGUAUAACAUAGGGUUCUUGUACCAAUAGUCAUGUCUACUGCGGACUACUAGACUUUCAAUCAACGAAUUGUGAUAAUAUCGAAUACAAUUAAACGUUUAUAACUGUUAUGUAUUUCUGGAACCUCUAAGGACUAUUUGAAAUUUUCAGUAUGUCAUACAGGAUUACAAGUUUCAUUUGAAUAUAAGUUCGUGAAAAUAGGCUAAGCAAACAUAUCUGAUAAAUCGGUUUGAAUUCAAUUUCGAAGUUUUAGAUCGCUUUUUCUGGUGCUUACAGAACUGGUAAGUCAAAGUGAAUUUAUUCGGCAAACAACUAACAAAAAUGGCAAAGUAAUGGUUUUCUGAAAUCUUUUAAUGUAUUUGGUUCUUUCUACAUCGUUUCUUACGAAAAACGUUCUUGAAAUUGAUGGUUCUAACAAUAAUCACUCUGAAAUUCCGGAACCGACAUAAAUUUAACAGCAAUCUAUGGAACUAUAUAAUAUGAGAAAGGAAUAAACGAUCACUUAGAACAUUUUGCUUCGAUCCUCCAAAGCCCCAAGUAAAUAGUCGUAUAAGUUGGACUAUUUACUUAACGUAAUUAUUUGAUAUGUGAACUCGGAAAUUCAUAAAAAUUGGUAUGUGCUUUAGAUUCUGCGCAUACGCUUCCAUGGAAAAGGUAGAAAAGGCGAAUCGAGAAUUAGGUGCAUAAACAAUCUUCAGUGACAUGGUUUUUAUUAUCUGAGGGAAUCAUCAUAGAAUAUAAGUCACCCGUACCCAGGAUUUGAGAGAGGAGCUCUCUCAAAUCCUGGGAGCUCUCUCAAAUCCUGGGUACGGGUGACUUAUAUACUAUGCAGUUUAUUCUAUAUAUUAAGGUGGUAUCAAGGUGAAAUUCAAUUCCAAAAUAAGGUGCGCAAAGUUCCAACCGCAUGAAUUGAACGAACCUUCGAACAAAGCGUAUCGCGUAAAACUGGCACAUAGAAAUACGGAAUAUUCUCAGUGGUUGAGUCCAGUGGGCUUACGACAUGUUUUGUUCGCUAAUAAAACAGACUUUUUUACAUUUGACUAAUAUAUGGAAUGUUGUACAUGUUGUCUAAGACGGUCAAAUUAGGUAUUCAAUUUACAACCAGAAUGCUCUUAUAAUUAAUUUUCUCUCCUAUUGCGAAAUUGUACAUUCUUUGUUUCAGAUCUAGUUAAUUCCAACUAUGUAUUAUAAAAAAAACUAAAUAAUAUUCAAACAAGAUCCUUUUUCAUAUGGAAUUAAAACUGACUUGUAAGAUGUUGACUAAAAAUAUUUAGUAUGUGAAGUGCACAUCAUAACAGUGUAUAAGUGAAUAAUACUUUACCAUUCCUCAUGAUUCUUGAAGGAAUAUAGAAUUAUAGGCUAAAACGUUACAAUUAUGCAAGUGACGUAUUGAAAAGUUGCAAAUUACCCUAUUGAUUAUAGAGGUAUUAACCAGAAAAAUUUUUAUGUGGGGUUUUGGGGUUAGAUUUUAAAACUGAGUUCAGUUCUUUCAGUAUGGCUCAGAAUUCAAGUUUACAAUUCAGUUCUAGAACUAAAUUCGGAACCUGGAAUCUAAAAAUGUUUCUGAAAAUGAGUUCAGUUCUGUAAUUCUGGAACUAAAUUCAUGACCCUUAAUUACUUGAUCUGGAUUCCGAUCCUGAAUUUGCAACUGAAUUCUAAACCUGUCAUAAAUUUGGAUCUUUGGUCUUGAAUCCACUUCCAGAAUUCAAAAGUUAAGUGAAAUGAUGACAAAAAAGACUCAAUAGUUGUAAACAUUAGAUAAAUUCCGCGAAUCGGUUCUUUUGAGAAUCAUUAAAAUAUUCCAAAAGGAUUCUGCGAAAUUUAUCUACAAAAAAAUCUAUUUCUUCGUGUUAUUUAAUUGUUUAAUAGAAUAUGAUUGUCGUCAAUAAGUUGUACUUAAGUAUAGAUGCACCGUUACUGGUCUUAAAAACUAAUUUCGUAUGUUCGAGCCCCGAUCUGAAAGGAUUCUUAGUGUCAACAGGAUCGUAGUACUAGCCAUGUAAUGGUUCUGUACGCUAAGAACCGACUAUGAAGUCUUUUGAAAUAGAAUGGUCGAAUUCCACAAAAGGAAUGUAAUGUCAAGACUUUGCUUUGCUUACCGUUACAUUUCUGGAACCAAAAUUCUCGAGCUAUGUAAAAUGUCACACAAACAUUGUUAUGCUAACUGGACGCAUGUCGUUAUACAAAAUGGCCAGAUUCAAUUUUGUUUUUAUUCCCUUUAACACAUUGAAUACUUUUGGCUAAUUGUUUUUCUAACAAUUUGCUAUCACUGGAAAAUGUCGUGCAAUCCUAGUAGAUGAAUAAGCAGACACAUUUGCAAAACAACAUAAUAUAGAUAUAUGUCACAUAUGUGUUAGGAACAAUUGACUAAUUAUGUUUCAUUCACUCAGAUAAAGGCGGCCGAGGCCAACAAAAAUACGCUAUGAAACGAAAGGGGAUGUUUUUGCGUAAUGUAAUUGCAUGAUUAUUACUUGUUUCUUAUGUUAGAACAAAAACGUGUUUCGCAGUCAAAAACUAACUGAAAACUGUAGCAGUAGUUAUUAUUACGAAGAUUAGGUAAGUUUUAAGAAUUAGUGCCUUAUUAGCAGAAACAGUUGUAGCUGGUAAUUGAUUAAGUAGUCGAUUAUUUAUGAAAAACUUCAGUAAACUAGAGAUAGUUAGAUGUAUUCUAUUGCAUUGAUGCAGGGAGUAUCUAGAUUUUAUUUUUAUUUGAACACUGAUUCAUAUAGGCAGUAUUUUUCAUUCAAACGUUUCCCCACUAUUUACUUUCCUGGUAUCAAAUAGAGUAUCGGUACUAGUACGCAUGUCACGCAAAUAUUGAAGUCGGCUUAGUGUUUGAAAUUGAAGUGCCAAUCAAUUGUCUUACUCACCAGUCCAUCCAUUGAAAUUGUCUGAAUCUUAUUACAUUCACCACUUUUACCGAUACAAACAGUAAGAAGUUAUAUUCUAUUAUAAAUAUAUACAAAAAAAAACGAUUACAUUAAUAAAUACUAUUUUUGAUCAAUCAAUUCUACCACAUAAAAUAUCAUCCAUCAGUCAUGCCUGUAUACCAAUUUGCUUUUAUAUUGUUGCAGUCUAUUAGAGUUGGUUUUUUUUAUUCCUAUUGGUCGAAGGUAAUUUAUUUCGUUUGGUACUGUUGCUUGUGUGAUGAAAUCCUUCAAAUUGCUCAAUGUCCUAGUUAUUUCAUUCAACUUUGUUUCUUUCUUUUUAGUGUUCUCUUAUUGUGGUUGGGUUUCUGUUUCUUUUGUGAUCUCAGAUUUUCAUUCAUUAUUGCUCAUCAUGAGCUGGGAGCUGUGCGACUGCACAGUGGAGUCACGCAACAUUUUAUCACGUAAGCUAAAAAAUUACAUGCGCUCAACAUUUCCUUUUUCCAUUCUACAGGGAUCCGGAAGAGUCCUUAGCAUGAUCAGUGCUACAGGAAAUGCUUCACAAUUUGUUAAACCAUACGACUCACUCGUGGUUAGUGCCUUUUUAAGGAUUCGAACCUCCUCUUAGCGAUGCCAACCGUUUUUCAAUUUGGCAAAUGUAGGAUAAGUGUGGGAGUCAGGGCGGUUCAUGUUGGACAAACCCAACUGUUGAAAGUGCCUGGAACUUUGGAAUUCUUGUGUGAUCUAUUUCGAUAAACAACGGACAGUUUUGUUAGGCUCAUACUUUGAUUUUAGAUGUAAAUAUAUUUUUUUAGAAAAA